GACCCUCAGAACGGCUGUGUGGGAAGUUUGUGUCUCUCAGAUAGAGUGAAGCGCUGCUCUGCAAAGUGUUUGGAGCCAAUGUGAAUGCAAAGAAACUGAUAAAUACAGAAAAGGCUCUCUGUGCUCCAGAUGCACCCCAAAGGGGAACUAUAAGAAAACAGCUCCUUGGAACUAGGCACUGUAAGUAUUUUAAUGUCUUUUGUAAAUGCCUUAGGAUUGUCUGGUCUUGACAUACGACUAUACUUGGGAGAUGUGAUGAUUAUGUCAAGUUUGGUGUUUGAUUUUCUAAAUGCAGUGCUAAUUAUAAUGAAAUAUGCACCUGAACAGUUAAUUUUAGUUUCUAACGCUUUAUUUUCGAUAUGUUCUUUCCCCCUCCCACCACCAUAAUGCUUUAUUUUCUUGGUCUAAAGUGCUGUGUCAUUUACUGUAUAUAUUAGUCUACAAGCAGGACGUUUAACUGUCUGUAAUGAGAGCAGAGCCUAUUUUGUUUUAGCAUGCACAGGUUGUUGGCACAUACUAGAUUUAUACCUACUAGAGGAUAUUACCUGCACAGUGCAUUUGAAUCAUUUUAAUAGUUCAAUAAAAUUUUCAUUUUACAUGAGAAUUGGAUUUUGCAACUUAGCUAAUGUGUGAUGAAUUUUGAAAUUAUGAAGUUUUAGUAUUAGUAUUUUAAGAAUGAGAUAUUUGGCAGUUAUAUUUGUCAUCUAAAAUGGACAGGUGCUUAUUGGGUUUUAACGAAAUGAAAUUACGGUAACAUUCUGAAAAAAAAGUGUUUGGUCAGGCAUGCAGUCUAGCCCCAUUGGAAGUAGCUUGGUCUUUAAUAAAGAGUAUAGUCAGGGACUAAAUUAUUACAUUUGCUAAGACUUCCCCCAAGGACUCUUCCCCCAAAGAUCAUCCUGUCAGCUGGGAAAUGUUAUUACCUGCUAAUUGCUGCUGAUCACUAAAUUUACAGCGGCAAUUUGAAAAGUUGCCCCCUAGGUUCAUUUGCUCUGCAAAAACCUGCCAUGCACUAGUUUCUGAAGAAGUGAGUUACCACACCAUAAUAAUUUCCUUUUUAUUAAAUACACUGGAAGGAAAACUAGUGCAUUUUAAAGAAAACUAACAUUAAAAAAAAAAUUGCACCACAAUAGCUCUUUCACCCAUCAUGAACCUAAUAGUCCAUUGGCUAGGAGUAGUCAACAGAGAUGUAAGUAUAGUUGCCAUGUGGAUUGUGGGUGCCAGGCAUGCUCAGUCAGCAUUAUUGUCACAAGUAAAAAAGAACGGCAACCUGAAAGUACAAUUAGAUCAUAUAAAAUGAGUGUAUCAAUGUAUUUAGUAUAGAACUAGUGGAGACAAUGGGAGAUAUUCAGCUCUCUCAUUCCAUCAGCACAAGGAUUUAUGCUUGUGCAACUGAAAAUUCCGCCACCCUCUCCUUUCCCUGCACCUCCCUCAAGUCUACUCUGGAAAGCUGGUGAACCCCCAGGACAGAUUUAAGGGGCCCACAAAGAAAGAAGUUCCUUUGUACAAGUAGAAAUCCAUGUGCUGUUGGAAUGAGGGAAUUAGUGUUACACUGAAUUGAAAAGGUAACUGACAAAAUUUUACAAAAUCCUUCGUUACUGUGAAUGCAUCUCAGAAUGCAUUGUGGUUGUAGAUGCCAAUAAUAUAGAGAUUUGUUAAGAGUUGGAUCUCCGAUCACAGGCACAUUUACUUGGAAGCCCAAUGAGGAUCAUUUCAAACAUGGCAAAAUAGUACACUGGUGCCUCGCAAGACGAAAUUAAUUCGUUCCGCGAGUUUUUUCGUCUAGCGAAUUUUUCGUCUUGCGAAGCACAAAAUCCCAUAGGAAUGCAUUGAAAUUCAAUUAAUGCGUUCCUAUGGUCAAAAAAAGUCCAAACAAAGCCAAAUUUGGUACAACAAGAGUUUAUUAAGUGCUCUUUAAAGUCACACAUACUGUAAAGAGCAUUUCAAAAAUUGAAGGAACAAUAAAUUAAGUUUCUAAACAUGACAGAAAAACAUUUAAAAAUCAACAAAGUGUACAGUACAUUUUCUAAGACUCUGGGGGACAACUCGAAGAAGGUUCCUCUUCCACUCUUUGCUUCUUGCUGAAGAACCCCCUCCUCAACUGUUCCCCCAGCCACCCACCACACAGAAAUUCAAAUCCAGAAUUUUUUUUAAAAGACAGCAGAGUGUCCCAAUGGUAACAGAAAAUCAUAAAAAUGCAGAAAAAACCACACAAGCUUCCAGAUUCUUGCAAACCCCUCCUCAACUGUUCCCCCAGCCACCCACCACACAGAAAUUCAAAUCCAGAAUUUUUAAAAAAAAACAGCAGAGUGGCCCAAUGGUCACAGAAAAUCAUAAAAAUGCAGGAAAAAAACACACAAGCUUCCAGAUUCUUGCAAACCCCUCCCCAACACCAAGUCUUUGAAUUCCAAACACCCCAACCCAAAAUCCAAAAACCCCCAAAAAGUUUUAAAAGUUUAACUUACCAAAUGGCUGCAAAAGAAGUUUUGGAAAAGCUUCAAAAAUCACCAAAGUCUUCAAAACCCUCAAAAAAGGCUACCACACCGCGUUCUAUGAGUUGCUCCUCGAAGUCAAGUCACAACUGUAUUAACGGUGUUAAGAAAAAGGAAACAAACUUGCAAGACGUUUUCGUCUUGCGAAGCAAGCCCAUAAGGAAAUUCGUCUUGCGAAGCAGCUCAAAAAACGCAAAACCCUUUCGUCUAGUGAGUUUUUCGUCUUGCGAGGCAUUCGUCUUGCGGGGCACCACUGUACAAUAUUAUCCAUAUGUUAUGUGAUGAUAACACACAAAUGUAUUUUGAUGUUUCUGUAUACACACUAGUAGGCCACAAUUGGCAUUGUUUCCCACCACUGUACACAAAAAAAAGGUCUAUGUGAUUGCCACACAUGAUGAUCAAUGCACAGGAUUUAUUCAAUUUCCUAGAGGUAUUUACUUGCAUAAAUUGAGUCUUGUUUGCAGUGGGGGGAAAAACAAAACAAAAACCCUUAACCGUUCCAUUUGAUAUUUCUGUUGUGGUAUUUUCUGUUAAGAAAAAAACAACCUUAGCUGGAAGCUUAAACUACCGGCACACUUUGAUUUAUGGUUCCAGGCUUUUGAAAGUAUGAAAGAUUUCUCUGAACGAUUAAGUAUUUGAAUUAUAGCUUGAUCUCUCUUCUGAUAGCAGCAAAAGGUAACAAAAGAUAAUGUACGCAAAAGCAUGCAUUAGUUAGUUAACACUGGCCCACCCAUGAUUUAGAGUUUCAGUAUGUGGAGCGGAAGAAAAGGUUAGGACAGGAUCCAAAUCAAGGUUAAAAUCUACUGCCUAAAUCUAGUUGCCCUGCAACCUCAUAUUCUUUCCCAGGAUAUGAGUGCACUUCAGAAAUGUGAGAAGACUUUCAGCUUGAAUUCCUAAAAUUCUCCCUGGUGAAGAAAUUUCCCUUUUGACAUAACUGUCAAAAUAUUUACGAUAGAUGUUAAUAUACUGUCGGUUCAAACAUUCUGAAGUACUCCCUGGAGGGUGUCCUGCAAGACCUAUGCUCUAUAUGCUGUAAUAGAGCAAGCACUGCAUAUUUUUUGCCAUUAAUAAUACGCUAGCAGCUGAGCAGUGUCUUUGUUAGAACUGGUAUUUUCUCCAAAGGGAUUCCACUGUUAUUUUGUGGCCAUGUGGUUAGAUUUUACCUUUGAACACAUAUUAGUAUUAACACUUGUAUAGGAUUUCAUUUUACUUUUUUUUUGCACUAUGGGUGUGAAUUUGUUAUUUCCCUGGAAUCAGGGAUAGGUGAGGGAUAUGUCCUGUUGCACUCUGUAAAGUUCCUUACACAUUCCUGGUGUAGUAGUAGUAGUAGUAGUAGUAAUUUGCACUGUGACAGACCAAAUCCUACUUACAUUUACUCAGAUAUAAGUUCUACUGGCCUGGGUCCAGAAUAAUUGUUUCAGAAACAGAAAAAUCAACCAGCAUUCCAUGGCAGUUGAGCAUACCCAGCCAUUACUGGGCUGUUUUUGGAGUUCUAUGACAGGGGGUGAAGGGGCCCUAAUUUUUUUUUGUACUCUUGUACCAAAUCUGAUUAUACUUCCCUUUUGUGAAUGGAAUGGACAACGUCAUUUUGGCAGUAUAUGCAAUGUUACACUCCCCUGAAAACGGAAAAAUACAAGGAAUUAUAUCCAUUGUACAUUUGCACACAUUAAAUAUGCAACUAACCUGUGACACAGAAUGCAUGGGUUGACAACUGGCACUUAGCUAAUGCAGAACUAACUGUGCCAGUCUAGACACAGGUUUAGCUCAUUUACUCACAUUUUCAAUCUAAAUCAAAGGUGGGAAACCUAUUUCAGCCCAUUUUAGGCUGAAUUUCACAGAAGGGAAUUUCCAGGGGCUGCAUCAAGCAGUGAGCAGGGUCCAAGCCAAAAGUACCGUACGUGAGGCCAGAGACUCAUCUCACUCUAUUUCUUUCUCUAAUGCACUCCCUAUCAACCAAUUCCAUUUUUGCUCUUUCCAUUUUCUCCCUUUCACACCUCCAGCUGCCUCCUCUCCUACAAUUAGACUUUUUUUUUUUUUUAAAAGACACAGGCUAAAGUGGAGAUUUUUCAGUAGAUGUUUAUAGCUCUAAAAGUGUUCAGUGCUCACUUUAUUUCUGGGUUCAGAAAAUACUAUUGCAUUUUUUAAAAUUACCAAUGAUUUUCAUGAUACAUUUAAUCAUACAAAAAUAUAGUGCUAUUUAGCAUUCAAUAUAAUAUGUAUAUCAUAAUAUAUAAUCACACAGCAUGAUUCAGUACAUGCCUGUUAUGAAGAAUACACACUGUGGUUUGUGUGCAGCAAAGGCAGCAGUGGAAUCCUAGGCAGGAGAAUGAGGAAGGAUUUGUUUUUGUGACUGAAUUAGUUCCUUGCUAUCUCUUUUAUUUUUGUUCAGGAAUUGGUUAAAGGAAGAGCAGCAUUUCCCUCAAAGCAAUAUUCAAAACUAUGAUGUAACUUAAAUCAUACAAUGCUCCAUUUAAAGUGCGUAUUUGCUGAUUAAAACAUGUAGACUUUGUACAUGCUCAACUGAUCCCAUUGAUAACGGUUGCAUGAUUCAUCAAGGCACUUCUAUUUUGAACAAACAUUUACAAACAGAGAUAGCAAGUGGCAGCAUUCUUGUCAUACUAUGCAGUUUCACCUUUUCCUGCUCUAUGGUGGAAGGGGGGGUGGGAUGUCUGGAUGAGGAACAUCAGAAAAAUGUCUUUUUAGAAAUCUGUAAAUAAAAUUGAAAAGGCCAUGAGACAUUUUUUCUGCCCUUCCAGCAAUCCUUGCUGUACAAACCACAUUAAAACAAGAGGUCUGGAGACAAAGUAUUGGCUGAUCAGAGAAAUUCAACCCCCUCCCCCAAUUUUCUUUUUGCUUCUGCCUUUUGCUACAUCCUUAGAAUUGCCAGAACACAAUAGCAACAUAAUUUUGUAACACCGUAAUGGCUAGUAUAAGCUUUCAUGUGCCAAACGUACUUAGGCAGGUCCAUAAAUGGCAGAAUACAUUCAUCAGGAUCUAACCCAGAGAUGGCUAAACUCCAGUUCAGGUGCCUGAUCUAUGCCCCAAAAUAUUUUUCCUUCUCCGCUAAGACCCCAUUAAUUAGCACUGGCAAAACAUAAAAAUAAAAUAAAAAGGAAAGGAGAUACAGUGCUGGGCAGAGCAAAGCCCGAUGCCCUAAUGGGGAGGCAUAUUCCUGGUCACUACACAGAUCAAGUGGAGAAGGGGCAAUAACGCCACUCCUCAGUUUAUCUGCAUGAAUAGGCUGUGGAGGAGGGGCUGUGUGCCUGAGUGGUGGGGGGCAUACUCACUGCAUGCAGCCCCUGGAGGGCUGGCCAAGAGGGAAAGUGGCCUUUGGGAGGGAGGGAGGGAGGAAGGAAGGAAGGAAGGAAGGAAGGAAGGAAGGAAGGAAGGAAGCUGCCUGUUUUCCUCCUUUCCCUUUUGUAGCUUAUUUUAGCACUGCCAAGUUUCUCUGUCACUUCUCCCUUUUACUCAGUUCCAUCUUCUCCGAUAUUUUUCUUUAAUAACCCUUUGAAAGCUUCCUUAAGGUUCCUUUCUAAGUCCAUUCUGAACUGCACCUUCCUUUUAGCCUCCAUGCUUCUGAGCCUUCUGUCUCUAAGCUAUCUCUCAGCUUCCACACACACCAGACCUCUCCCAACUCUUCAGCCUACUUUUUUGUAAGGUUUAGUAGUUCCAAACUGACAACAUUGGCUUCCCUCACAGGAUCUUAACUGCAAACUCUUUAGUGUCCAGAGCAACAGAACAUUCUGAGCCUAAACAUCAGCUCAGUCAAUCAGUGUCAGAGGCUUCACUGCCAGAAGAGCAAUAGACAGAGAAAAUAGAUGGUGAAUAGAUGGUCUAGAAAGGGCCAAUUGCAACCUAACAUUUUAUAUUCAUUGAAGAAUACUUAUGAAGAAUCCAAGUGACUCCCUACACUGGAAUUCAAAAUCCUUAUAGAUACUAUCAAAAAGGAUUGGAAAGAUAGUCUCCUGUUCACAGUUUUUCUUGCAAAAAACCCCCACAUUUCCCACAUGAUUUCACAUCAGUAGUAUCAGCCUCUCACUGAGGAAAAACAAAAUUAUAUUAUCAGCACUAGCUCUCUAGUCUAGAUGGCCCUGUGUUCUUAUCUGUUUCCUUGGAGUUUUAUUGAACUGUUUUCAUUGGCUUUUUACUCUGGAAAGUGCUUCUCCCCAGAAAUAUGCUUUGUGAUUUUGCUUCAGGCACGCAUUGUACAAAUCACUGUAAGGCAUAACUUUCUUCCCUGUAAAUGUAUGAAAAUGGCAUUUAACCCAUUUCCAAAAAUGUAUUAAAUAUGUACAGAAGUUAUCCAGUUCAGUUCUUUAACAAGCACAUUAAUCCAUGGAAAUAUUUCAUUCUGCCUCCUUAGCAAAUGGGAAGAUCUCAUCUUGUUUAAUCUCAGAUACUAAUUUUGUUUUGCUUAAGUUUAAUGUUUAUUUUUUAUCUUUAAUAACUAAUCUAAUAAUAUAUACCAAAAACUCCAAACUUUUACUUGUGAUCUUUUCAGGAUAUAGACACUAUUUUGCAUCAUGUGCUAUUUGAACUCUCUGACAAGUCACCCAGCUCAGAAGGAGAGGUCUCUGGUAGAGAUUGUUGAGAAGUAGCAUGUUAUAUUUUUUUUUAUAGAUCACUGUUGGAGCCAAGGGAAGUGCUGGCAGGGAGGAUGAUCUUCCAUUGCUCAUUCCCAUUCUAGACAACUGAUCUCUUUAUCUGUCUUCUCUUAGUUUUUUACAUGUACUGCAUAUAAAUUAGCCAUUCUUACUACUUCUUUCUGGGCUUGCAGUAACUGGCAUGUUCUCAGGGUACAUAUGAAAGGAUGCAAAUGUUGAUGCUCCUCGGGCUUUGAAGGGAUGAUGGUGCUAGGGGUGAGCCUUUUUCAAUUUACUAGUGGAAGCCACUAGAUUCAUUAGGCUAGGGAUAAUUUUAGACAGAUCUUGCCACAUAGUUCUUAAGUUUUUAAAGGAGCUUCUACACAGUAUUGUUGUUAUAUAUAUUUUUUGCAAUUAUCCCAUUACUUUUCUUCAUUUCACCUGUCCCCCUCUCUCCUAAUGCAGUAGUGCUAGUAGUGCACAGCAGUGCUAAAAGCCCCAGGUGUGGAUGUUUUUGCACAAAUCUCAUGAGAUCUGAAAUUUCAGGUUCUCGUGAGACUUUUCAGCAAGAAUUGCAGAACCUUAUCCACCCACAUGGUCCACCCUCAGUCAGGCCAGAGAGGGCUUAAACUAUUGCACUCCCAGUGUUUUCAGUAAUGGCAGACAGAAACAAAAUGGUUGAGGUAUAAUCAGCCAAGGAACAAUUAGGAGAGAGAAGUAAUAUUGUAGAACAAACUUUCUACCUGAUAUUUCAAGCAAGGUAAACAAAUACUGAUCAUAAACCUUGCGUGGAAAUUAAAUACUCCUAUACUAGGAAGAUGUCAAAAAAGGGAAUAGAUUUGCAUAAAAUGUGCAUGUGCCAUUUAUAAACACAGAUGCAAAUUUAGACAAGAUUACUAUAAUUUAUUUUAAAAAUGUAUAUCACAGAAAUGGAGAAGGUUGUGCCCAGGUGAUCCAAAGGUUAACUAAGAUCAGUUAACUAAGUUGAUGGGCAAGAUGCUCUCCCACCUUAUGAAACUGAAUAGAAGGUAUCGUCAAACACAGAGAUGUCCUUAGGCUGCCCUUCAUAUAGGGUGCAGGUCCUCUUUUAGGUAGGACACAUGGCCACCCUACUUACCUGACACUAAAAAUACAGGCCUUGUAGAUCUUCAUUGAUUGCAAAGGAAAUAAUAAAUGUAGAAAAGUAAUUUCCCAGCAACUGCAUUCCUACUGAGAAAUAAUGACAUUCUGAGGCCGUCAGGAUCCAGGCUAAUAGCUGAAGUGAGAACUGAGAAUAUUUGAGGGUAAGUAUUAAUAGAAAUGUGGAUUCCCUUUAAAACAAGUAAGAUUAAUGGAACAGUAGAUUCAACAGAAUCAGAUCCUUAGUAACUUUGUAUUUGUACUAGCACAACAUAAUAUUUCUAUUUCUAUUGCACUCUGUAGAGUUUUUCUAACUAUUUCUCCUUUUCCUCCAAUAAAUUGUUUCAGGAAAUAAUCUUAUCCUUUGACAACAUCUUGACUCUUCAAUUUAAAGUAACUAGAAGCUUUUUGAAAGCAGGUAACAUUCCCAACUGAAUGAAGCAGUGGGAGCUAGAGCAGACUAUGGCAAAUACCUUUGUGACCAUACCUGAUGGGUACUGCCUUAGUGAUCCAAUCCAGUAUUAUGGUGAGUUAAGCAAAAGGCAAUUAUCCACAUGUCUCUCUGUGUAUGAACCGAAUUUCUACAGUUGUUAAAUAUAUGUUUGAUACAUGAAGGACAUUCAAAGCCAUCCAGUGUGCCAUUUCAGCAUUGAGGGGAUCAAAUACCGUAAUUCCCUCAGGUGACAUAAAGAUAUACAGUACAAGAUCCAAAAACCUACUCCAGUGUGGAUGCAUUGAAGUUCACUUAAGUAGUGAAUUUCAUUCUCAGAAGAUAUAUUCAAACAAUUUAAGACCAGUUGUGGCCCAGAGUGGCUUGGGAAACCCAGCCAGAUGGGUGGGGUAUAAGUAAUUAAAGUAUUAUUAUUAUUAUUGACAUUUUUUAAAAUUAACAGUAAACCCUCCAAUCAAGGAUAAUAUUGUCAGCAGAACUGUACACACAGGGUGCCCUUCUACAAACAAUUCUACUAUAUUCUAUAAUUUAGAGAUGUAAAAUCCUAAACUAAUCCACUGUUUUCUAUGUGAUUUUUCAAAAUAAUCUAGAUGCCUUCCCAGAACACAUCAGUUAUCCACUGCAAGAUCUUGACUUCCAAGCUGCUCCUUAUUGUCAGUAUUCAACCAUUCAGUUUCCUGCAGCAUUACAGACUCCAUCUCCCCAAACACAGUACAGCACAUACAACUUGGAUUCUCAAUACAGUGAUGGGCAAUACAUCAUCAGCAAUUGUGAACUCAGUAAGCCCACCUGCAUGGGUGCCCAGAAUAAUGGGGGAGGAUAUCUUGGACAGAAAAGACCCAGGCUUAGUCACUCUGCCUUGCGAAUAAAGGGACAGGAAGAGCUCUGUGUGGUUUGUGGGGACAAGGCUUCAGGAUAUCAUUACAACGCACUCACCUGUGAAGGCUGCAAAGGUAAUGGGGAAAUAAUUUUGUGAAUCAGAGAAUGUCCGCUGGUUAAAAUUGGGAAGAAAAGUCUAGUGCAAAGUUAAAGUUGGGGAGAAAGGUCUAGUGCAUAAGGCAGGGAUAGAGAACCUAUGGCCUUCCAUAUGUUGUUGGACUACAUUUCUGAUAGUAAGAUAGACACCCAGCUUUGAUACGGGCAGUAGCUCAGUAGCAGAGCAUCUGCUUUGCAUGAAGAAGGUCCCAAGUUCAAUCUCCAGCAUCCCGAAGUCAGCCUAGGAAUGUCCUGUAUUAGGCUUGCCAUACAUCAGGAAAAUAUCUUAUAUGUUCUGGUUAUGGGGUGUAAAAAUGGUGUUGGGGGGAAUUUUGCCGAAUCGGCAAAAUGUCAGGGAAAACCUGGAUGUAUGACAAUGUGAUGGAAAAAUCAGUGGAAACAGCUCCAAAAGCUGGUGUCAAUAUGGCAACUCUAUCCUGUAUGAAAUACUAGAGAAUAGCUGCCACCCAGCACAGGAUCAGAGGGACUACUGAUCUGACUCAGUAUAAGGAAACUGUCUAUGUUCAUAAGGACAAGCAGCAUGGGUUUCCAUGGGGAUAACCUGGACAGUAAAGUCCCAGGCUCUGACUUACAAAUGAAGGGCUAAGAAGAAGGAUGUUUUGGUGGAAUCUAGAUGCUAAUGGACUCCAACUCCCAUCAGCCUCAGCCAGCAUGGCCAAUGGCCAGGGGUGAUGAGAGUAGUCCAUUUAACUGAAAGUUAAAUCUUACUUCAACAAUGGUGACAGGACAGCAUCCUCUACUGCAUGCGAGGGCAACAGGCUGUCUUAUCAGCUGUAUCAUUUCUCAUUUUUAUGCUCACUUGUUCCAAAUGUGUAUGCUAGGAUUUUUUCGACGUAGCAUCACCAAAAACGCCAUCUACAGAUGCAAGAAUGGUGGCCACUGUGAAAUGGAUAUGUAUAUGAGGAGAAAGUGUCAGGAGUGUCGCCUAAAGAAAUGUAAAGCUGUGGGAAUGCUGGCUGAAUGUGAGUGCCCAAAUUACAACAAAAAAUUCUGACAUGCUGCUGAGUUAAGGAAUUUUCCUUUCCUGCAAUGUUUAAAGGCAACUAAUGGUAUUCCUUCCGAAGUUGUGUGUGUGCAUGUGGGGUGGGGGGAGUUCACUCAGAGAAUAGUUUCCUAGUCUUUAGAGUACAUCUGAUAUUUAAUUCCACCUCUGCUAGGUAUCAGUACUUAGAAACAUGUUUCUAAACUUGAUCUCAUGGUAUAAAGGUAUUUAACAACUCUGCUGAAGCUAACCAGGUCUGGGUGUAUGCACAGGGCUGGUUACAGUGGGACCUUCACAAAGUGUUCUCUACCUCUGAUAGCUUCCCUCCUAUAUGGGUGAACUCUAGAAGACUUACUUGGUGGCAGAAUUAUGUUUGAUAUGAGACAGCAGGCAGAUUCUAUUUAUUCACAUAGCUCCUGAGCCAUGCUACACAGAGGGCUUAAUUGAAAAUUAAAAAUGGUGGCUGCCAGACCUCAUAUUCUAGCACUGAUUAGAUUAAGAAGACUAGGGCUGUCAUCAGAAGUGGGGUUCUGUAUAGGAUCAGGCAGAAGUGGGUUGUUGGGGGUGCUAUACGAGCCCCAACAGGGGUUUGCUGUUGCUUACCAGGAGAGAAAGAGGGAUGAGGCAGUGGGCAUGGAGCAAAUGCACCAGUGGAGCCAAUCCAGUGCUCCCACUGGUGUGUUUGCACUUCACCAACCUCUCUGCAGCCUUACCCCUCAGGGUAAGCAAUACUGACCCACUUACUCUGAAGCUCGCAUAGAGGCUCCACCCCACCCAUCAAGAUGGUUCUGCAUAUUACUGAAUCGGGCUGCAUAUUACUGAACAAUGACUUAAAAAUCAAGUUGUGUGAAAAUAUUAAAAAUUAAUCAAUUAAUUAAAAACUUGGCAAGUUAUGUGUUCUUAGAAAGUGGAGCUGCUGUUCACCAAAGGGCCAUAGCACAGUGGUAGAGCAUGUGCUUUGCAUUCAAGCAGUCCCAGGUUCAAUCCCUGGCAUCUCUAAGUAAAACUGAACAAGACUUGUCUGAAACCCUGGAGUUUUGGUAUAAGGCAGCUUCCUAUCAUCUGAGGUGGUUUGCCUGCAACUGAUAAUCUCAUAAGUAACCAAUUUUAGGCUAUAAUCCUAACCCCUUCUCUGAGAGCAAACUCCACUGAAUUCAGUAGGACUUACUUUGGAGUAGUCAUGGCUAGGAAUAUACUGUUAAAUGUUCUGCAAGGGAACAUGCUUGAAAUCAAUGCCUUUCUGGAACUUGUUGUUUCCCCCUCUGGUUUACAUUUUUUACAGGUCUACUAACAGAAGUCCAGUGUAAAUCAAAACGCCUCAGAAAGAAGAGUAGCUUCCUUUGUAGCAUCAAAAUGGAAGUUGAGGGAGUGGACAACAAGCAUGUAUCCUCUACAACAAAACCUUUAAAAGUAGGGUAUUUUAAAAAUAAUUUUAAUUGUUGUAUUUUAACUGUUGUAUUUUGCUUUAAAGACAUGCACAUCUUUCUUUCUAAGGUGCAGGAGCGAAUGGAACUGACUCCUGGAGAACAUCAGCUCAUUGACCAUAUUUUGGCUGCCCAUCAAAAAUGCACAAUUCCCUUGGAGGAAGCAAAGAAGUUUGUAUGUGUUCAUAAACAGCAAUAUAGCAAAUGUGAUUUUGGCCUGGGGAAGCUUGGCUGCAGUAGUUCAUGUCUUGGUUACUUCCAGACUGGAUUACUGCAAUGUGCUCUAUGUGGGGCCUCCUUUGCACUUGAUCCAGAAGCUGCAGUUAGUGCAGAAGGCUGCAGCACAAUUGCUGAAAGAAGUGAGGCCUUGUCAGCAUACACUAGCAGUGCUCAAAGAUCUGCACUGGUUGCCAAUUUGCUACUGGGCCAAGUUCAAUGUGUUACUAUUAAUAUAUAAAGGCUGUAACAACUUAGGACCAGUUAACCUGUGAGAUCACCUUAUGCCAUAUAUGCACACUUGACUGCUUCUAUCUGUAGAACUAGCACUGUUACAGGUGCCACAUAAUACCUGUUCUGCAUUUGUAAAAAAAAUCAAUCUUUACGUGUGACAGCAGCUACAAUUUGGAACUCCCUGCCUAUUAACAUUAGGCAGGAACCUUCACUGUACACUUUUUGGUGCCUGUCGGCGGUUUGAAUCCCUGCGAUGGGGUGAGCUCCCGUUGCUCGGUCCCUGCUCCUGCCAACCUAGCAGUUCGAAAGCAUGUCAAAAUGCAAGUAGAUAAAUAGGUACCGCUACGGCGGGAAGGUAAACGGCGUUUCCGUGCGCUGCUCUGGUUCGCCAGAAGCGGCUUAGUCAUGCUGGCCACAUGACCCGGAAGCUGUACGCCGGCUCCCUCGGCCAAUAAAGCGAGAUGAGCGCCACAACCCCAGAGUCAGUCACAACUGGACCUAAUGGUCAGGGGUCUCUUUACCUUUAAGGACAUUUUUGUAUACCUACCCAGAUAUGUAGUAUGUUGUGUCUAUUUUUAGUUUAUUGCAUUAAAAAAUGUUUUAAACAUAUUUAAAUUGUUUUUACUGCCAAUUUCAUUGUUUGAUCUUUUUGUAAAGCACAUUGAAGUUUUUCACAAUCAAGCAGUGUAUAAAUUGUAUGAAUUAAAAAAAAAUAAUCUAACUUUCUAUUGGUUUAUCUUGCGAAUACAUUUUUUUUUAAUUAGUUGCAGGAAACUGCCAAUCCUGAAGAGAACUUCCUACAUCUUUCAGAAACAGCUAUGGUUCAUGUCCAGGUACUAGUGGAUUUUACAAAAAGACUUCCAGGUAAUGCAUUCCACAGGAAUUUUUCUUGGGGUGCUUCCAAUCUAUGCAUUUAGCAUGGAAUUGCCAUGCCACUCACAUUUUAUUGGGCUGGGUGUGUGAGCACAUAUCAUCAUCAUCCAUUUGCAACCCUUCUUCUUUUCCCAGUGCUUAUUCCAGUUUUUUUCUUCUCAGAAAGUUCACUGCUGUUGUUGAAAUAAUGGAAGGGUAGUGAUAUCUCCACAAAUGUGUAUACCUUAGUGCGGGAGAUGCAAUUAACAGAAAUCAAGUGAUAUACAAAUUUUACGAAUAAAUAAAUAUCAUGGCACAGGUGCCCCCACCAAUGCCUCCUAUGUUGCCCACAUAAGGUCUCUAUAUAUCCCCUCAAAAUCCAGAUUGCAAGACUGUUUUUCCUGUUCUGCUCCUGUUUACAUUGGUUCAGCCUCUCUUGCAUUGAACAUGCCCUUUCAGACAUGCCCACAUUUCACUGGAUAUCAACAUUUAACACCCACCCUUAUUUCUGUUCUGAACAGAGGAGAGCUGCAAAGAGCUUUUAUCUGUGACUGCAGAAAUGGAUGAUAUAAGUGCCUUUUCCCCAUUUAUGUGGCAAGGCUGAUAUCUGUAACCUUUUGUGGUCCUGUCUCUUCUUGUGCUCUUUUAGACAUCGCAGCCAUUUUGUGUUUUGCUGUGCCUUCAAGGAAGCCAUUUUGUGACUGGCACCCAAGGCAUUUAUGAACAUUCCAAAUGUUUCCACUGGCCAUAAUGGGUUGGUGUCUGGAGCCUUAGGGGAUUUUUUUCUGACUCUUUAAAGCUACAUUGUUUUGAUAUACCCAGUGAUAUAUUGAGAAAGCAAACUUUAUUACAGCUUGGCACACAUUUACCUUUGUGGUGGGCACCAUUUUAUAACCCCUAUUAUUACUUUUUUAAAAGGUAUCUUUGAAUUAAUGCUAAAAAGCUUAUAGAUUACAGUACUGCUUAACUGAAAGGGUAUGAUAGCACUGUGACAUUAGAAGUCUAAGGACUUUUUUCCACAGUGAAGAGAAAAGCAGCAUAAGAUAGAGGAUUUUUAGUGGGAAAAUGGCCAGAUCCAAUAGAAGUUCCUACUUCACCUUUGCUAAAACUUGAAACAUUUUGAAUCAAUGUAUCAUUAUUAAAAGAUAUAAUUGGGAGUAUCUGUAGCUAGACUUUUCAAACUUUAGAUCUGAUUCUCAAAAAAAUGUAUUCUUUGCAAGAUUAAAAAGCUUAUAUAAGUAAAGAACUGUCAAAUUUCAGAUAUAUACCUACCAUCAAAAAUCAAUGUAAUUUGAUUACCUAUUCAUUUCUCUAUAGGGUUCGAAAGUUUAGCCAGUGAUGAUCAGAUUGCAUUGCUGAAAGGCUCCACAAUUGAAACAAUGUUUUUACGUUCUGCCCAGAUAUACAAUGAGCAAGGGAUUGAAUGCCAGUCAUCAUUCCAUGAAAGUAAGUUAUGUUAGCAUUAGAUGAACUUAAUAAAUUCAUGCGUAUAUGUGCUUGCCAUGAUCACUUCACUAUAUGCAUUUGAUGAGGUGGGAUAUGGCUUACCCUAAGGCCUUUCCCAAAUAUGACCUUCCCUUGGGAUAAAUGGUUCUUUCUUCUCACUUUAUCAAAUGAGACAUUGUGACACAAAUUUAAAAAUAUGAUAAUCAUAAGGUAACUUUAAAAGGGAAAAUCUGCUCUUAUAGACUUUCAUUUCCCUUGCUCUAGGUCAAGUAAAAUUUUCUGCCAAUGCUAUAUGUGCUCAAGAUAAAAGUACUUACUUAGGACUGUCUCAUACUGAAGAAUGCCCAACAUCAACUACUACAACAGGUAACUGAGCUGUCCCACAAAUAUACUUUUAGUAAAUUUUUAAAUCAUUGCUUACUGGAUUACUGAGUUUUUAAUAGCAAGAUACAUUUGAUUUUCAGCCAGAAUACCUCUUUGACUAUCUAUUUUGUUGAUUAGACUGCUGAAUAGACUAUCAAUCUUGUUGAUUAGUCACUUUAGACUGCAUUUCUUGAAUGUUCUAGAUUCAUCUCUCUGCACCCUGACAUCUGUGACUUCUUCCACUAAUAUAUUUAAAUGCCUGAUAAAACUUAAUUCUGCACCCUGGUAUUUUCUUGCACAUUAAUAUUUUAUCUCCACUCCCUUUCCUCUGAGUGGCUGGACCUAAAAUCUUAUAUGUAUCUUAUAUAUGCUAUCUAACCUUAAAAAUAGGACAAUUAUAUGUUGUCUAGCUACCAUCUGAUAUCUUCUGGUUUUUUUCCAGGUAUCACUGAGGAGUUUAUCACUGCACUAUUUUAUUUCUACAGGAGCAUGGGAGAACUCAAUGUGACAGAGAGAGAGUAUGCAUUGCUUGUUGCAACAACUGUGUUUUUUUCAGGUAUAUAGAGCAACUACACACAGUGUUCAAAUACUAAAACUGAAUAGUGUCAAAGAAGAUUAUAUCAAAGUAUUUAUACUUUCAAGGUUUAAUAUCUUGGUUGUAAGUCCCAUUGAUUGCAAUUGAACUUACAUGUUAGUAAAUCUGCACUGAUCUGCUUAAGAGGAUCCUCUGGGGGUACACAGAGGGUUGCAGGGGCAGAAGAAAGCAGAAUUUUGUUUCACAGGUGGUUGGACGGAGGUGGAUACCACCUACGGAAAUUAAUGGCAUUUACCCCCUGGUAAAGGGGCAUAGGAUUGCAGCAUUACCUAGAAAUAAGCACUAAUAAACUUCAAAGGACAAUUCCGAGUAGCUAGACAGAAGAUUGUGCUAUCAGAUCCUGAUCAUUUUUAGGGCUAAAAAUAAUUUUUUACAGAAAUAUUUUACAUAAGUGCAAGCUCAUGGGGAUCGGAAAUAACUUAACACUCAAUAUUUUUAUGGCAUCAUGACCAUAUUGGGAGAAUAUAUGUUUGAGUUCUGCAUAGCAUCAUGUAAUUUUAAUUUUCCUUUUUUUUUCAGAUCGUCCACUCCUAAAAAACAAACAACAUGUGGAGAGACUCCAGGAACCCUUUUUAGGAAUUCUGUACAAGUAUUCAAAGAUAUAUCACCCUGAAGAACCACAACAUUUUGCCCGUCUCAUAGGGCGACUCACUGAACUCAGAACCCUCAAUCAUAACCACUCAGAAAUCCUAAUAACCUUGAGAACAAGGGAUCCUAAGCGGAUACCUGUACUUUGUGAAAUAUGGGACUUGCAUUAAACAAUCUGCCAAUUACUUAAGUUGUUACACAGGACUAUUUUUUCCUCAAAAUAUGCUCUUUCCCAAUUGUUGUGCUUGUAUUUAAAAAAAUCCCAUUUAUGUUAAAUGGCUAUAUUCUUUUUUUAAAAAAAAAAAUACUGUGCUGCAAAACCUAGAUAGAUCAGUUGGUGAGAGGAUUGAAAAUACCAUUUGUGUUAUAAACACACACACUUUUGUUGCAGUUGAAAAGGUAUCAGAGCAUGUAUAACCUAUAUAACAUUAUUGCCACAAUUGCAAGGGUAUCUGGAAGACAAGCUUAAAAUGGUAUGGAUCAGGUUCUUUACAUGUGCUGUUUGACACCUCUAGAAAGUAUAUCUUUCUUUGCCCAGGAAGGUUUUAAAUGAGUGGGAGAACAGUUGACAGCAGAAAAAUCCUUUAUAUAGGACAGCACACAGAAGACUAUGGGAAGUUGAGCAGGGAACUGGAUCCCUGGCCUCUCAAGCCUACACAUAUGUAAGCUCUGAUGGUCCAUAAGAAAUCUAUUAUGGCUUAGAUGGAUACUGCAACUAUUAUGACCACAUAACUUUCUCAGUGACUUGAAGUGGAUCCUGGUGCUUCUGUUGUAAACACGUACAUGUCUCCAAACCACAUUAUUCACAUCACAACACUCACCAUCUUGUUUGUCAAAGUUAUAAGCAAUUAAACAUUAAAGUUAACUAAUAACCAUUAGAAAACAAAAUAAUGAAAUGAUCGGUUAUGUAAUUAGUAUAUCACACAAUUUUGAAAAAGAGUAGUAAAUUAUAAUCACCCAGGAUAGCUGGUAACCCACAAACUGAUUAUAGUUAAUUGAUUAUAGUUUAGACCAAAAUUUUAAUAAUUUGGUAGUUAUAUCUUUUUAUUUACUUGCCAGUUCUAGUUGAGGAACAGCCAGAAUAACCAGUACUAAGUCCAGAUGUCUGUCCUUGAUUAAAUUUUUCAGUAACAACAGUUACAGGAUGCACUGGAAAGAUAACUCACUAUAUCUGCUAUUAUUUUAUGUAUUUCCCCCCUUUAGAUGAAGCAAUGGUAAUUUAGUUUGAUGGAUGUUCAAUUAGUGAAACCCCAUGCAUGUUUGAAUUCUUUGUUUACAAUUUGCUACAUAAUAUGGUUCAACAUUAUCAUCUGUUUUUGUGGACAUCUCUUCACAGCUUCAGUUCUUUUGCUAAAUAUAAACCAUAAUGAACCAGUUUUGCUUUAGUCUUCUUGAAACUUAAAUAAGUUGCAGUAUUUUUUUCCUGAAUGCUUAUAAACAAACCUUUAAAACUGUGAAUUUGUUGAUGUACAGUGCCUUUGCUGCUAUGGAUCAAAAUCAAAAGAACUCUGUAGCUAAACCUUUAUUGUGUAAGUAGAAAUUUACUUAAUUUCAUACUAGAAGUGAGUUAAUGCUACAAGUUGAAAUGGAAUGUUCACUGAAUUUCCAAAUGUAGUAGCAAACGUUUGAAACAGAUUUCAGCUAUCAGUUUCAAAAUAUAAGUUCCUGAUAUUAGAACAAUAUUUUAAAAACAUGGCUUAAAAUCUCAGCAUUUUUAUAUUAUGUUAUUUUUGCAUUUUAAAAUUAUUUUUCAUACCUAAAAUAUAAUGUAAAUAACUUAUCUGAAUAUAUAGUUAAUAUUUUAAUAUGUGAAAUAUUUUGUAUAGUCUAUAUUUUUCAGAUAUAUAUUUAAGUGUAAUAAAUGCACUAUCAAUCUGGUAUUCUGCAGCAAGAUAGUUGUUUUUUGUAUAUAUCAUUAGUCAUCCAACAUGAUGGUCCUUUGCUUUAAAGUCAGAACAUGCUUUGUUAAAAAUCUGAAGAAAACGAUACCAAAGAAUUAUAGAAAUGAAACUGAAAAGAAAAUUAAGACCACAACCAUGACCCAAUUUUAUCAUAUGACCUUUGCCACAGAACUUUGCCAUAAAUAAAUGACUAAUUAAGCCUGG